AUGUCUGCCCGUCGCCCUCAUAAUGCAUCUUACGCCGAUGCUGCGGCGAAGCCUGCGCCGAAAAGCAGCUCCGAUGUGUCCCCAGCUGUCCCCACUGAUGUAAUCUACAAGCUCCUCGGCUUCACAGUAGCCAUGGUUGCCGCCCCCAUUGGCAUGUAUUUCUUGACUGUGAACACCAUCUUCAGCGGGAGCUCAACGCUUGCAGGAGGCACCGCAGCUGUUACCGCCAACGUGGUUUUAUUUGCAUAUAUCUAUGUCGCUUGGAUGGAAGACCAAGAGGACAGAAAAGCACUCAACAAGCCAGACUCAAAGAAGGGCCAAUAA